UGGACACCAUGAACGAAGAGUCACUGGCUGGCACCUCUUCGCUGUACUCCAGCACCUUUGCCCAAGUCAUCUUUGUCAACAUAGAAAAGCAGUACACAACAGACGUUGCUGUGAAAUGCAAUUACAUCCUGACCCCCAGGAUCACGCCCCAUAAGAACGACUGGAUUGGAAUUUUCAAGGUUGGAUGGAGUACAGCUCGAGAUUACCACACGUUUGUCUGGGCCCCUCUCCCAAAGGAGGCCGGUCAGGUGGAACGUCAGCAGCAAGUAACGUUCGAAGCUUAUUAUCUUCCUAAGGACAACAAUGACUUUUACCAGUUCUGCUACGUCACUCAGAAGGGAGAGAUUCGAGGAGCCAGCACACCCUUCGGGUUCCGGCUUGCAAACAGCGGCACGCCUGACCGUCUGGACAGCGAUUCUGGUCAAGAGAUGCUCGUCAUCACCACGCAGGUGAGUCGUCUCUUUUCGCAGGUCCGCCCCCCCACCCCUCCCCCCCCGGUUGUCAGAGUACUCUACAGCGCACCAGCAGGCCUUUCGGCCCGUCUGGUCCUGGUCCCAUCGACCCGCACCCAGACCGUUCCCCUCCCGGUUCAAGUGCUGACCCAAACUCCUCAUAAAUCAGGGGGCUUCCAACCUGGGGUCCACACCCCCGCUCCGGCUAAUGGCAUGAAAAGAAGUUUGGGAGCCCCCUAUCUUUAAUUGAGAUCGUACCGGCAUCCAGUGCUCCGCUGGCACCUCGGGGUGGGG